AUGUCUGAAGAAUUCAAAUAUGACGUCGAAACCAUGUUUGGGAGGAUCCCCCCCCCCCCCCAAAAUAUCAAAUCAGCUCAUGUGAAUAAUGGUUAUGAUGGUAGCUUGGAAAUCAAGCUUUAUGGUCAGAAGGAAACGUCCUCGAAUGAAUUGCUGCUAGAUGCUGGAUUAACAUUCGUACCCAAAGCUCCAGAGGGUAGCCUUGCGAGAGUUAUGUUAUUGGACAUUCUUGCAUGGGCACUUGACCAUCCACCAUCAUAUAGAAGCUAA